AUGAAGGUGAACAACUUACUAUUAUUACUAUCUCUACUUUCUAACGAUGCAGUUCGUGCAUUGGUCUUACCGGAACUGUUCCAAGAACAGUUUCCUGCUUUAUUAGAGGCUAUCUCUGACUCUAUUACUCCUCAUUUAAAACAAGACUCUUCUAAUGAUAUUCCAGCUGAAGCUUCCGCUGCAGCUGCAACAGAAGAAGAAGAAAAAUUGGCUCCUUUGUACGUUCCUUCUAACCCUGAUGUUCAUCCUGCUAUUAAAGAUAAAUAUAUUAUUGUAUUUAAAGAUACUAUUACGCCUGAACAAAUUCAAUUUCAUUUAGAGACAAUUCAACAAGCUGUCAUUCAAGAUUUAACGACUACAUCGAAUUCCAUUAUUGACAAUUUUGCCACAUUUAACAUUGGCAGUCUAAUUUCUGGUUAUACUGCUAUUUUAUCACCAAUUAUUUUAAAUUUAGUUAGAAAUAAUCCUUUAGUAGCGUUUGUUGAGCAAGAUUCAAUUGUUUAUGCUUCAGAUUUUAAUACAGAAAAUGAUGCUCCGUGGGGUUUAGCACGUAUUUCUCAUAGAGAAUCAUUAAACUUAGCAAACUUUAAUAAGUACCUUUACGAUGAUCAAGCUGGUAAUGGUGUUGAUGCUUAUGUUAUUGAUACAGGUAUUAAUAUUAAUCAUAAUGAAUUUGAAGGUCGUGCUACUUGGGGGAAAACUAUUCCAUUAAAUGAUGAAGAUAUUGAUGGUAAUGGUCAUGGUACUCAUUGUGCAGGUACUAUUGCAUCAAAAAAAUAUGGUGUUGCUAAACGUGCCAAUUUAUUUGCAAUUAAAGUCCUUAGAUCAAAUGGUUCAGGUUCAAUGUCUGAUGUUUUAAAAGGUGUUGAAUAUGCUGCAAAAAUGCAUAUGGAUCGUAAAUCAAAGGAUAAAAACUUUAAAGGUUCUACUGCUAAUAUGUCACUAGGUGGUGGUAAAUCACCUUCAUUAGACCUUGCUGUUAAUGCCGCAGUUAAAGCUGGUUUACAUUUUGCCGUAGCUGCAGGUAAUGAAAAUCAAGAUGCUUGUAAUACUUCGCCUGCUGCUGCAGAAAAUGCUAUUACAGUUGGUGCUUCAACUUUAAGUGAUGAUCGUGCUUACUUCUCAAAUUGGGGUAAGUGUGUUGAUAUUUUCGCACCAGGUUUAAACAUUUUAUCUACUUAUAUUGGUGAUUCCAAUGAUGUUACUGCAACUUUAUCAGGUACUUCAAUGGCUUCACCUCAUGUUGCAGGUUUAUUAACUUAUUUCUUAUCUUUACAACCAGAAAAAUCAAGUUCAUUCUAUUCACAACAAACUAUUACUCCAGAACAAUUAAAACAAAAAUUGAUUGAUUAUUCAACUAAAAAUGUUCUUAGGGACAUUUCUGCUGAUACUCCAAAUAAAUUAAUUUUUAAUGGUGCUGGUGGUGAUCUAUCAGGUUUCUGGAAUAAUUAA